GGAAAGUAUUUGAUUGGUGAGAAUAUUCUAAAUUUUGAACAAAAUAAAUUGACCGUCCAUCAAUUGGAAAGUUAAACGUAACUUACGAUAGUGAUACCUAAAUAAAGACAACAAGUAAUAAAUAACCUUACGUUACACUUACACUACACAAUAAACAAAAAUUAAACCGUUCUCUUAUACCAUCUUCUCUUCUUUCCCUUAUUAUAACCUCACUCAUCUCACAAACACAAAACCAAAAUAAAUCCUAUUGCAACGCUUUUCAUUAUUCAUUCACAAACCAAAUCCAAAAUGGAUCAAAAUUCCAACGAAAUUCUCCGUGAGUUCCCUAACCUCUUCCGUCAAUACAAAGACGGCCGCAUCGAACGCUUUAUCGGCACCGAAAUCACCCCAACGGGCAACGAUCAAUUAACCGGCGUGCAAUCCAAAGACAUUACCAUCAACGCCGAUACCGGCGUUGGAGCUCGUCUCUAUCUCCCACCAAACGCCACUCCUUCUCAAAAAAUCCCUCUCUUAAUCUACAUUCACGGUGGCGCUUUCUGUAUCUGCAGUCCUUUCAGUCUAGGCUACAACCGUCACGCCAACAACAUCGCCGCAGCAGCAAACGUCGUAGUUUUCUCCGUUCAUUAUAGGUUAGCACCGGAACACCCUCUUCCUAUUGCUUAUGAUGAUACAUGGGAAGCAAUUCAAUGGAUAUCAGAAAGUUCUGAUCCAUGGCUCAAAGAUCAUGCUGAUUACAACGUUGUUUUCUUCGCCGGAGAUAGUGCCGGAGCCAACCUCGCACACAACAUGGCGAUGCGAGGUGCUUCCGAAGGUUUUGGAGCAUUAAAGCUUCAAGGAAUAGUGUUGAUCCAUCCUUUCUUUGGAAAUGAUGAGAAAGAUGAGCUUAUUGAGUAUUUGUAUCCGAGUUAUGGUGGAUUUAAUGACCCGAAAAUACACGCGGCGAAGGAUCCUAAUCUUUCGAGUCUUGGAGUUGGGAGAGUGCUUGUGUUUGUGGCGGAGAAGGAUUUUUUGAGAGAAAGAGGGAGGAGUUAUUAUGAGGCGGUGAAGAAGAGUGGUUGGAAUGGGGAGGCGGAGAUGGUGGAGACGGAAGGUGAAGGUCAUGUGUUUCAUUUGUAUGAGCCUGCUAAGGAGAAAUCUGUGAAUCUUGUUAAACAGUUUGCAUCUUACAUGACGCAGAUUGAGAAAGACGUUCGAUCCUCUUCGUCAUUGUGAACUUAAUCAAAAUAGCAUGUAGUGUCCUUGUUGUAUAUUGACACGAGUACACGACAUAAAUACAUGUGAUUAUGUUCAAUUAGUAUCGCUAAUUAAUAUUGUAUCUGAUGUAUGUGUCAGUGUUGAUAUUUCUUAGGAUUAAACAAAAUUUUAUGGUUGAAUUUUAGUCAUUGGGAUGUGGACAAUUGGACCUAAAUAAUUUAUUGUCGUCCUUUGUUAUUUGCUUUUUCUAUAGCUACUAGUGGAGUAAUUUGUUUCACUUUUGACUUUUUGGUUGUAAUUUUGAAAGCUAGAGUACAUGUGUGUUGAAUUCUUGAUAGCCGUGUGGGCUGAAAUGAAUCUAGUCAUCUACUCCCUCCGUCCCAAAAAGAAUGACCCAUUUUGAAUAUAUGCACUAUUCAUAUAUAUUGUUUUGACCAUAUUUUUCUACUAAUAAAUAAAAAUAAAUA